CUAAAGGAGAGAGUCCGGAAUACGACGGAGUGACAACCAAAGAAUAACAAGAGCGACGUCGCAGAAGGAAGGGCCAGUACGUCGGAGGCCUUUCUGGCCUUCAACAGGCCCUGUUCUCUAUACUCUUCCUGAAGAAAAUGAUCUGGGAGCGAGAGACAUGUCGCGCGGAGCUAGGAGGACGCGUCACGCGGUGACGCUCUGGCCCGACGCCGACAGCCUCUCACCGGCUCCGGAGGACUCGGCAGGCCGAGUAUUGGAGAGCCAAAGGCCAGGCCUGGAUUGUGGUGUCUGACUCCUUGCUCCCCCUGCUGUGCCCCCACUCACAGUAACCUAAGACCCAGGGCCUGGGUCGUGCUGAUGUGGUAACAGAACAGAGGGCAGGCAAAUGAAUGGAUGCCUUGAAGCAGAGGAACAGCGGGACCAGAGGCCGGACCAGGAGCUGACCUGGAGUCACAGACCCGGGCCUGGGAGUACCCUGGACAGGGCCAAGGCCAUGGCCCCACCAGCACCACUACUGGCUGCCAGUACCCCCCUCCUGCACGGAGAGUUUGGCUCCUACCCGGCCCGCGGCCCCCGCUUUGCCCUCACCCUUACACCACAGGCCCUGCACAUCCAGCGGCUGCGCCCGAAGCCUGAAGCCCGGCCCCGGGGUGGCCUGGUCCCCCUGGCUGAGGUCUCAGGUUGCUGCACCCUGCGCAGCCGCAGCCCCUUGGAUUCCGCAGCCUACUUCUGCAUCUACACCUACCCGCGGGGCCGGCGUGGGGCCCGGCGCAGAGUCACACGCACCUUCCGGGCCGAUGGGGCAGCAGCCUAUGAGGAGAACCGUGCCGAGGCCCAGCGCUGGGCCACCACCCUCAUGUGCCUGCUCCGUGGGCUUCCACUGCCUGGGGAUGGGGAGAUCACUCCGGAGCUGCUGCCCCGGCCACCCCGGUUGCUCCUAUUGGUCAAUCCCUUUGGGGGGCGGGGCCUGGCCUGGCAGUGGUGUAAGAACCACGUGCUGCCCAUGAUCUCCGAAGCUGGGCUGUCCUUCAACCUCAUACAGACAGAGCGGCAGAACCACGCCCGGGAACUGGUCCAGGGGCUGAGCCUGAGCGAGUGGGACGGCAUUGUCACAGUCUCAGGAGAUGGGCUGCUCUAUGAGGUGCUGAACGGGCUCCUCGAUCGCCCUGACUGGGAGGAGGCUGUGAAGACUCCCGUAGGCAUCCUCCCGUGUGGCUCAGGCAAUGCGCUGGCUGGAGCGGUGAACCAGCACGGGGGGUUUGCACCAGCUCUGGGCCUUGAUCUGCUGCUCAACUGCUCUCUACUGCUCUGCCGGGGUGGCAGCCGCCCACUGGACCUGCUGUCUGUGACGCUGGCCUCAGGCUCCCGUUGUUUAUCCUUCCUGUCCGUGGCCUGGGGCUUCGUGUCAGACGUGGAUAUCCAGAGCGAGCGCUUCAGGGCCCUGGGCAGUGCCCGCUUCACUCUGGGCACAGUGCUGGGCCUCGCCACACUACACACCUACCGCGGACGCCUCUCCUAUCUCCCCGCCACCGGGGAACCUGCCUCGCCCACACCCACCCAUGGCUUGCCCCGGGCCAAAUCGGAGCUGACCCUGGCCCCAGAGCCAGCCCUGCCCAUGGCCCACUCGCCCCUGCAUCGCUCAGUGUCUGACCUGCCCCUACCCCUGCCCCAGCCUGCCCUGGCCUCCCCUGGCUCACCUGAACCCCUGCCCAUUCUGUCCCUCAAUGGUGGCGGCCCAGAGUUGGCUGGAGACUGGGGUGGGGCUGGGGAUGCUCCACUGUCCCCAGACCCACUGCUGCCCUCACCCCCUGGCUCUCCCAGAGCAGCUGUCCUCUCACCUGUCACUGAGGGGCCCCCAGAAAUUCCAGCACCCUCUGGGCUUCCGCAUCCCUGCCCUGAUUCCCUGGCAGCUGCCUCCACCUGGGGCCCACCUGACCACCUGCUGCCUCCUCUGGGUGCCCCGCUGCCCCCAGGCUGGGUGACAAUGGAGGAGGACUUUGUGCUCCUGUUGGCCAUCUCGCCCAGCCACCUUGGUGCUGACAUGGUGGCAGCCCCUCACGCUCGCUUUGACGAUGGCCUGGUGCACCUGUGCUGGGUGCGUGGCGGCAUCUCACGGGCCACCUUGUUGCGCAUUUUCCUGGCUAUGGAGCGUGGUAGCCACUUUGGCCUGGGCUGCCCUCAGCUGGGCUACGCCGCGGCUCGUGCCUUCCGCCUCGAGCCGCUCACGCCUCGCGGCGUGCUCACGGUGGAUGGCGAGCAGGUGGAGUACGGACCAGUGCAGGCGCAGAUGCACCCGGGCCUCGGUACGCUGCUCACUGGGCCGCCAGGAGGCGAGUCCUGAGCCUCAUACACAGCCUGGAGUUCGUUGGGGGCGGGGCCUACAUUCCAAGGGGCGGAGCCUGAACUGGAGAUGAUCUAGCUGCUAGAGUUUAGGGCGAAGGCCUCAAGUGCCGGGGCCUGGCCCAGUCUCAGGAUUGCACCCCCCCCCAGGGGACCAGACACAAAGCCGGAGGGUAGCCUGAAUUCCAGGGGUGGGCAGGACGGUUACAGGUACAUGGGUGCACCCCAACGGUAUUGCCUGACCCACGAUGGCAGGACCUGGCGUCUGCACUCCAGCCGCUUCUAGGGGGACGUGGCUCAAUCCAGACCCUCGCUUCCAGCUCCUAGAGGCCAGGGCGACUGAGGGCGGAGCGUAGCUAACGCGGAUGAAACCCGAAAUAUACAAGCCGGGGAAGGCCAUAGUUAAUUGGCCAGUCAGCACCGGGAUCUCGCCCUGUCCACUUCGGUGCCUGCACUUAACUGGCCAAUCAGCCCACGAGGGGCAGGUUCCCCGGGGCCCGCACUCGUAUUUGCACUAAUCUUCCUCCCCCCGUGGGGGCGGGGAAGCUUACUCCCCUUGUCUCCUGUCUCAAGUGUGUCCCUAGUUCCUGUCCCCGAUCUUCAAAGCAAUUGAAAAGGUCUAUGCAAUAAAGGCGUUCGCUUCAUUCUUCUUAGGCCCUCGCCCCUUCGUCUAUCCGGAAGCCCGUGGGAAGAUUCGAGCGGUAGCACUUGAAGCA